UGUGUUGAGUCUUUCUUUGGUUCUUCCUGAUUCAACCUUUUUCCAUCUUUUCUGGUUCCCUCCUAAUUCCAAUUUUCUCGUCUCAAAUUCCCUUCACUCGCAGCUCAACAACACUUCCCUGUCACUCGAUUUCAACCCUUCACAGGAAACAAGCCCUUCAUUUGUUCCCUCGCCGGAACCCUAGCUUCUGCCAAUGGCAUCCAAGAAGAAGCAAUCUGAAGGUAUAGCCUUAUUGUCCAUGUACAACGACGACGGAGACGACGAUAUGGAGGACGCCGAAGAAGAUGAAGAAGAUAACCAAGAGAUAGGUAUGCGCCACGAGCAGAACGAGGACGCCGCCGCCGGAGGAUUCGCUGCGGAGGUAAAUUUGACCGCCACCGACACGGAUAGAAUGGCAGGGAUUGAUUCAAGUAACGAGGGAGUUGCGGACGAGGUGUCCACGCCGGCGGAGAAGCGCAGGUUUGGAACUCCAACGCCGCAGCGUGUUAACACAAACAUGGUAAUUUCGCCGCCGCAAGAUCAACGAGGGGUAGCGGUGCUGCCGUCGGAUUCGACGAGGAGCGGGAGAGGAAAGCUUACUAUAGUGGACUAUGGCCAUGACGAAGUUGCAAUGUCACCUGAGCCUGAGGAAGGAGAGAUAGGAGGUAGUGUUCGAGUCAUGUAUGGGGACCAGCUUAAUUUGACCAAUGGUGAUUUGCUAGAUAGAACACCAUCUGGAGCAGUUCACGUUAUGACACCUAGCAAUCAAGCAAACACUCCUCAAUUAUCUGAGCAGUUGAAAUCUGAUACAAUGAAUGAUGAUGCCAUGAUUGGACCUGAUGAUGCAGAACCUGGAGAAGCAGGUCAAGAUGAGCAAAAAGCUGAAGACCCAUUGGAUAAAUUUCUCCCUCCUCCACCAAAAGCAAAAUGCUCAGAGGAACUGCAAAGAAAAAUAAAUAAGUUCUUGGAGUAUAAGAAGGCUGGAAAAAGUUUUAAUGCCGAAGUUCGCAACAGAAAGAACUAUCGAAAUCCUGACUUCUUAUUGCAUGCAGUGAGGUAUCAAGAAAUUGACCAAAUAGGAUCUUGCUUCAGUAAAGAUGUAUUUGACCCUCAUGGAUAUGAUUCAAGCGACUUCUAUGAUGAAAUUGAGGCUGACAUGAGGCGUGAAAGUGAAAGGAAAGAACAUGAGAAGAAGAAAGCACAGAAGAUGGAAUUUAUCGCUGGGGGAACACAACCGGGAAUUGUAGCAGCAGGUGCUCCCAGAAUUGGCUUGCCUGUUGCAGGUGGUUCUGCUGUGGCUGCAAGUGGUUUGGUGCCACCUAUAGCUGACUCUAUUAAUCGGGAUGGUAGACAGAACAAAAAAUCAAAAUGGGAUAAGGUGGAUGGUGAUCGAAAAAAUCCUCUGCCCUCUGUGGGGCAGGAUUCUGUAUCCACUGUUGGGGCUCAUGCAGCAAUUCUAUCUGCUGUUAAUGCUGGCAGUGGGUACAUGCUAUUUGUAGGAGAGAGGAGGGGGGACUAGAAUAGAUGACAUAUGAAAGCUAACGAGAGAGAGAGAGCCACAAAACUAACAAGAGAAGACAACAUGUGAUUGAUACAGUGACGGGUGUUUUUGUUGAGCAGGCAGCAAAAACGGCGAGAGGCAGAGGUGAAAAGAUCUACUGAAAAGAGGUCGGAGAUAAGAUCGUGAACCAUCGAUUUUACUAAGACUGUGUAUAACUAAAAAGUUGUGGGUUGAACAUAUUUCAGCAUAACAUUUUUGUCUGUUAAUCAACUUUGGCAAUGAUCACUGGCACUGUAUAUUUUUUAGAAUGGAAGGAAUUUUUUUACUGAA